AUGGUCCUUAUUGGAGUGAGUCAAGAGUGCAAGCAUCCACCUCCUCCUGCUCCUCGAGACCGCUCGGAACGCUCCCGUGGCCGCAGCGCCACAACCCCCGCCCGGAGCGCGGCAGAGCCGCCUCUCCCCGCCCGGCCGGGCGGGCCCGAGGGCUCCGCGCCGCCCCCGCCCCGCCGGCGCAUCCGGGUCGCGUUGCGGCGGCGGCAGCGCUGGUUCCCGGCCCGGCCGUGCCGGCGAUGGGCGGGCGCAGCGCGGCGCGGCGGGAGGACACGGGCCGGCGGCUGGCGCGGUUCGCGGCGCUGCGAGGUGGGAUGGGCGGGCGGGGGGCGGCGGGUCCGGCCCGCGGGGCUGCCGAGCGCUCGGGGCCGGGGCGCGGCCGUGCCCCGGCGCUGUCUGACCGGGGCCGCUCCCGCAGGCGCGGCCGCCCGGCCCGGCGAGCUCUGGGACGUGGUGGUGCUGACGGCGGCGGACGCGGCGCAGGCGGGCGCGUUCCGGGAGCAGCUGGCGGAGAAGCUGCGCCGGGGGGAGCUGCCGAGGGGCGUCCGGUACCACGUGUGCCCCGACCCGCCGGGGCCCAGGAUCGGAAAUGGUGGAUCAACUCUUCAUGUUCUUCAGUACUUGGAAGAUCUGUAUGGUGAUCAGUGGGCUUCCUUCACCGUGCUGCUAAUCCAUUCUGGUGGUUACAGCCAGCGUUUGCCAAGUGCAAGUGCCCUUGGGAAGAUCUUCAUGGCCCUGCCAUUCGGCAAUCCCGUUUACCAGAUGCUGGAGCUGAAGCUGGCCAUGUACAUCGACUUCCCCCGUCACAUGAAACCAGGAAUCCUCGUCACGUGUUCGGAUGACAUAGAGCUGUACAGCACUGAAGUGACAGAAACCAUUGCGUUGGAUAAACCUGGGUUUACCGCAUUGGCUCACCCCUCAGAUUUGGCAGUCGGGACCACUCACGGGGUGUUUGUCUUAGAUCCGUCCAGUUUCUCGGGAAAAGGAGGACUGGAAUAUGCAUCUUGCCAUCGUUUCCUGCACAAGCCUGACAUGAGGAUGAUGCGGCAGAGUGGUGCAGUGUGCGUGAGGGGGCAUUGCUCCUCUGGGAACCACGGUGACUCAGGAAUGGCCUCGGAGUGUGUGUACACAGACAGCAUAUUCUACAUGGAUCACCUCACUGCAAAGCAGCUACUGAUGUUCUAUAAGCAGAUGGGCACACUUUGCUAUGAAAUAGAUGCAUAUGGUGACUUCCUCCAGGCCCUGGGACCCGGAGCCACUCCAGAUUAUACCAAAAACAUGAGUAAUGUCACCAAGGAGGACUUGGGGUUGGUGGAAGUGCGGCAGCAGUUAUACUCCCUCCUGCGAGGAACUGCCCUCAAUGUCAUAGUCCUCAACAACUCCCAGUUCUACCACACUGGAACUACUCAGGAGUAUUUGUUUCAUUUUACUGCUGAGAGCAAACUGAGAUUUGAGCUUGACUUGCUGCCUGUGGCUUUUAGCAUCUUUCCUGACACAGCCAAGACCUCAGAUCAGUCAAGUGUCAUCCAGACCAUCCUUGAGCCCAGAUGUGUGAUAGGGCCUGGGUCUGUCAUUGAAUACUCCAGAAUUGGGCCUGAGGUCUCGGUAGGGAAGAGCAGCAUUGUUAGUGGGUCCUACCUAAGUUUCAGUGUAGACGUACCCUCACACUGCUUCCUGAGUUCAGUAACUGUGAAAAUUAAUGAUCAAGUUGAAUAUGUCACCAUGGUGUUUGGUGUAGGAGACGACUUGAAGAAGACUGUGAAAUUGCUGUCGGAUAUAUGCUUGCUCCAGUUUUUUGGAGCCAGCUUAGCAAAAUGCCUGGACCUCUGGAGCGUAGAGGCUUCGGACCAGCUCUUCUCCAGUGGGAACAUGCGUUUGGGGCUGUGGACUGCAAGGAUUUUCCCUGUUUGUUCUACUCUAAGUGAAUCUGUUAGGAUGUCGCUGAAGAUGUUGAAUUCUGUGCAGCACAUGUCACCUUUCAAACUGAGUGGCUUUCGGCUCUUGUCUAUUGAAGAAAUGCUCGCCUACAAAGAUGUAGAAAGCAUGCUGAAGUUUAGGAAGCAAAUUUAUGAUGAAGUCUGUCUACAAAGACAAAAAGAGAAGUCUGAUUGUAGAAUGAACUGUACUUGAACAAAUCUGUUUUCAUUUGUGGGUGAUUGAUUAUUUCACAGCUUAUAAGAAUCCUGAGGAAAAAGUACACAGAUCUUUUGUCUGAUCUCAUUGAAGUAAUAAUAAAGAAAUUACAUUAACAGUGUUGUAGCAUAACAUUAAUAAUGCAGCAAACGCAGAUAAACUGUUCUUUUGAUGAAAGUAGUGAAAUAUUUCAGAUCUGAAAGCACUAAUUGGUGACUUUCGUGGAGUACAUGUUACUCUGUCUUGUAGUUUUUGUCAGUAAGAAUAUGAUACAGAACAAAUUAAUUAGAAAUUUGACUGAAAGCUGCUUUAAAAGCUUUUAAAGGGUAGAAUAUUAGCUCCAGCAAAAUGGAAUAAUACAACAAUAACUUAUGUUUCUCUCUUUUCAUGCUGCCUUUUUUCAAUACAAUUUCAAUUAGGUAGAGGUAAAAAUUAUUAAAAAUGCUUUUAAUUCAA